AUGGCCUUGUCUGAGAUCAAGUCCCUGUUUGAGUACUCUGAUACAGAGACAGAUACUGACAGCAGUUUAACUACUACAGAUGAGCAGGAGGAAGUACAGAAGAGGACCUUCACUAAUUGGAUCAAUUCACAUCUGAUGAAGCAUGAUCCACCCCUGAAGGUGCAGAAUAUCUGUGAUGAGUUCAAGGAUGGAAUCAAACUGCUGGCCCUGCUGGAGGUGCUGUCUGGAGAAAAACUGAUUGAGGACUUGACAGCACUGCUGGCCUCUCCCCUUGGCAGCAGUGCCAGCAGUUUGGACAGUGGAAGUGUGACAGGUGCUCCAUCUUACACAAAGCCUGGCAGCCUCACAGGUGAACCACCAGUUAAGAAGAAGGUAGUCAGCCUCAAAGGUGUGGCCGGAGCCAAAAAGGCCCUUCUUAAGUGGGCAAAGAAGGCUGCAGCCAGGCGAGUGAGCACUGCAGGUGUGGAAGUACAGGACUUUGGGAAGAGUUGGAGAGACGGUAUAGCAUUCAAUGCUCUCAUCCACUCAGUGAAGCCAGAGCUGAUUGACAUGGCAGAGAUAAAACAGAAGUCUAAUUUGGAAAGGCUGGAGCAUGCCUUCACUACGGCAGAAGAAAAGCUAGGAAUUCCAAGAAUUUUAGAACCCCAGGACGUGGAUGUGAGCAAGCCUGAUGAGAAGUCCAUCAUGACAUACGUGGCACAGUUCCUGCAGGCCUACCCUGAUACAGGGGAGGAGACACCGCAGGAGCCGUCCCAGGUGGAGCUGCACAUCCGGGAGGAGAAUGAGGAGUACCAGGCUCUGAUGACCUGGAUCUCUCGAGCAGAGAUCAGACUGAAGGACUUCAGUGCCAGCAUCCCCGGUAUCAGUAGAGGGGAUGAAUUUCAGGCUGCUGGAGGGAGACUUAAACAGGAGGAAGUGGAGACUCUGUCAGACUUAGGGACAAUGUCCGUUAGGUUUAGUGCAUAG